AUGGCUGCGACGAACGAAGCCGGGGAUCAGGCUAGCGCCGCCAAGAGGAGCAAGGCAGAGGGGUCUGAGUCGAUCAUCACUCACUCGGGCACCUUCCACGCCGACGAGGCCCUCGCCGUGCACCUGCUGCGCAAGCUGCCCGCCUACCGCGAUGCGCCCCUCGUCCGCACCCGCGACGCCGCCGCCAUCGACGCCGGCACCAUCGUCGUCGACGUCGGCGCAGAGUACGACCCUGCGCGCCACCGCUACGACCACCACCAGCGCGGCUUCACCGAGGUCUUUGACGACCAGCACAAGACCAAGCUCAGCUCGGCCGGCCUCGUGUGGAAGCACUUUGGCAGGCAGAUCCUCUCGGUCCACCUCCAGCUCGCCGAGUCCGACGACGUCGUCGCCCUCCUCCACACCAAGCUCUACGACGACUUUGUCGAGGCCAUCGACGCCAUCGACAACGGCAUCUCCCAGUACCCCUCGGACCUCAAGCCGGCCUACAAGAGCCGCACCGACCUCUCGGCCCGCGUCGGCUACCUCAACCCGUCCUGGAACGACGAGUCGAGCGCUGCCAUCCUCGACGCCCGCUUCGAGCGCGCCUCGCACAUGGCCGGCACCGAGUUCUUUGAGCGCGUCGACUACACCUUCCACGCCUGGCUCCCCGCCCGCCAAAAGGUCAUCGACGCCCUCGGCGCCCGCAAGGCGUACCCGGGCGGCGACCCGCAGGGCAGGAUGCUCGUCUUUGACGAGUUCUCCAGCUGGAAGGACCACCUCUUCCGCCUCGAGGCCGAGCUGCCCAUCCCCGACGCCGAGAGGCCCGUCUACGUCGUCUACCCGGACGAGUCGGGCAAGUGGCGCGUCCAGGCGGUGCCCGAGUCGCCCGAGAGCUUCGUCAGCCGCAAGGCGCUGCCCGAGCAGUGGCGCGGCAUCCGCGACCAGCAGCUGAGCGACCUCACGGGCAUCCCCGGCUGCAUCUUUGUCCACCAGAGCGGCUUCAUCGGCGGCAACGCCACAAAGGACGGCGCCCUCCGCAUGGCCCGCGAUGCCCUCAGCAUCGGCCCCGCCGCCCAAGGCCAGGCCGGCGCUCCCGUCGUCGCUUCGUUCAGCAAGGGUGCUGCGACGGCGGCGGCGGCGGCGGCGGCGGCCGCGCCCGCGCACGACCACGGCCACAGCCACGGCUCGUCGGCGCAGGAGCACGGCCACACGCACGACGUCAUGGACCACCCGGGCCGCUUCAACGACCGCGACGUGCCCAACUACGAGGGGCGCAACUGGAACGAGCGCGCCUUUACCAUUGGCAUCGGCGGGCCCGUCGGGUCGGGCAAGACGGCGCUGCUGCUCGCCCUCUGCCGCCGGCUGCGCGACGAGCUCAACAUCGCCGUCGUCACCAACGACAUUUUCACGCGCGAGGAUCAGGAGUUUCUGCGGCGCCACUCGGCGCUGUCGCCCGAGAGCAAGAUCCGCGCCAUCGAGACGGGCGGCUGCCCGCACGCUGCGAUCCGCGAGGACAUUUCGGCCAACCUCGAGGCGCUCGAGCAGCUCCAGGCCGAGUUUGAGACGCAGAUGCUCUUUGUCGAGAGCGGCGGCGACAACCUCGCCGCGGCGUACAGCGUCGAGCUGGCCGACUUCCACGUCUACGUCAUCGACGUCGCCGGCGGCGACAAGGUGCCGCGCAAGGGCGGGCCGUCCAUCACCCAGUCCGACGUGCUCGUCAUCAACAAAAUCGACCUCGCCGACCAGGUCGGCGCCAGCCUCGACGUCAUGAAGCGCGAUGCCGACAAGAUCCGCGACGGCGGACCCGUCAUCUUCACCAGCGUCAAGCACGGCGACGGCGUCGAGGGCGUCGUCGAGCUCAUCCUCGCCGCGCGCAGGUGCGCCGGCGCCGACAAGACGGGCAAGCCCAUCGCUGCCAAGGCGUAG